UUAAUGGAAUGGGUCAUUAGAUUGGUUUGGUGAGUUCAUUUUAUUUUCCUAUACUCCUGCUACUAGCAUGCAAGGUAAAGAACAAAUAAAUAAAUGAUCCAUACAUUAUAUUUGCCAUGUUUACUAGUAACAACUUAAGAGUUUUAUUGGUAAUUGGCAUGUAUUCUGGUGCAUAUUCACAGGCUUCUUGUUUAUGCAUAGAGCCAGCCCUUUUAAGAGGUGGGGCUAAGUUUUAUAUUUAAUUUAGUAGGCUGGUUCAAACUGACAUAGUCCUAUGGACAUUUUUGCCCUGACCCACAUGGCUUGGGUGAGUGUAGUGGGCUGGCCUGUAUUGACAGCUAAUUAUUAACUAGGUUUCAACAAUUAAUCAUCAGGUAUAUUUUUUAUUGAAUGCAAGCGAGUUGAAGAAAGGAGGUUCAGCCAGUUUUAUUUGAUAGAGAAAUCACUGUUACAGAAUAUGAAAGAGGAAGAAUUGAAUCGAUGUCAGAUUCAGAAAUGGUACCCAAAGUUCAAAUCUGUAUCCAUCAAGACCUUAAUUCAUCAACUUCCUGAAUCAUUUAUUCAGUACCUUCUUGAUGACUCAGGACCCUUCCUGUUACCUGUUUCUGUCUUAAAUGAAGAUGCAUUACCCAAUAGAAUUCAUAAUACUCAUGAGGAAGAAGACUUUAAGGUGUCAGAGGGAUCUGGUGAUGAAGCAGAAGGUUCUCUGCCGCCCUCUUUUCCAGAGCUUGAAUUGAAAAUUAGGGAUUCCAUUGAGUCCCUUGGGGGUGCUGUUUUCCCCAAGCUGAAUUGGAGUGCCCCAAAAGAUUCAGCAUGGAUAAGUACGGCUGGUACUCUUCGGUGCAACAGUUUCAGUGAGAUUGCACUUUUGUUUCGAGCAUCUGACUCAUUGGUCCAUGACUUGUGCCAUGCUUAUGAUUCAUGCCAGGAUAAAUCUUCAACUAGACCCCAGAAUUUCUUUCUUGCCCUCCGUAAAUGGUACCCAUCCCUUCAGCCAGACAUGGAAUUUCGAUGUUUUGUACGGGAUCAGAAAUUAAUUGGAAUUUCUCAACGGGAAGUUACUACCUUUUAUCCUGUUCUGCUUGAGAAGAAGAAUGAUCUCUUAUUACUGAUACAGGCAUUUUUCAACAAAUAUGUGAGAGUUGAAUUUGAGUCAGAAAACUACACAUUUGAUGUUUACAUUACUAAGGAUGAGAGAGUUAAGGUUAUGGAUUUCAAUCCUUGGGGUGCCUUUACAUUGCCGUUGUUGUUUACUUGGGAUGAAUUAGAGCAUAUACAUAGUGAGGGAGAUGAUGUGGAGUUUAGAAUUUUGGAAGAUCGCUGUGCUGUUAGGCCAGGCCUUAAAACAGCAGUUCCAUUUGAUUACUUGGAUACUAGCUCAGGGAGUGGUUGGGAUCAAUUUCUAAGGAAUGCUGAUGAAGAGUUAAGACGACAAUCUACAGAAGCCGGUGCAUGAUAAUCGGAUACUGUUUCUCAAUAAUUUACUUAUGCUAGUGUUAUUUGUUACACAAGUAUGCAGUUUUUCUAAUUUUUG